AUGGAUGCUUACAACAGUCUGGCGUAUUUGGGGACCCGGAUCGCCUGUACGAAGACAAAAUCGCUAUCAAAUCCUGCCGUUGAACAUACAAUGCCGAGGAAGACAGUCAGGCUGUAUUUUGCUAGAAACUCCGCACCUCAUCGUGUCCCAAAACGAAGCACCAUGAAGUUUGCCGCUGCUCUCAUCGCCGCUGCCAUGAUCGUCAGCUUCUCCGCUCAAUCGUCGGGCAGCACGUGUAUCCUGGACUGCCCGUCCACGUACGGGCCUGUUUGUGGGGAUAAUGGCGUGACGUACCCGAACGAAUGUGCGCUGGAUAACGGCAACUGCCUCCUCACCAACGGCGACUACAUCUUCACCAAGUCCCAAGGAUCGUGCUCGAAGUGA